AUGUCACACAGGCGCUCGCACAACGACAAUCACCCGGAAUGUGAUGACAAGGGAGAUACCUACAAUAGCCCUGCGGCAGCUUCGUCAAGGAUCCUUCGGCAUACGAACAGCAAACGCAGCAGCAGUAGUAGUCCCAACGAUUAUAGCGAUUCGGCGACGGGGUCGUUAGUCAAGGAACAGCACCAUCGCCACCAACAACAGCAGCAGAUUAAUGGAAAAUAUUUAAACUCGAAUGAGAACGGUGGCUCCGAGGACAGUGCCGGGAUUGAAACUCCGGCCGGAGCGACACUAUUCUCGUCAUCGGCAUCAUCAUCAUUGUCAUCCUCGCUGUCAUCGCCGCUGUCGCAUAAUUCGCCGCAAACAUUGACGCUGACGGCGGAUAAAAAUAAAACAAAAUUAUUAAAAUGUCACUGUGACAUUUGCAAGGACCAGAACUACGUGUGCGAAACAGAUGGACUGUGCUUCACUUCCCUGUCGCUGGAGCAUGGCGUCUACAAGUACUCGUACAGGUACGAUACCAGCUUAGAUUCGCGGAUGCUUCCUUUGGUCCUUUCCAAACAAAAUAAGGGGCGUGGACACAAGGAGGCGGACCGGAGCACGUCCUUCCGGAUGUGUUUUUUUUUUGUUUCCUCCGGGGUAGAUUCUCCCAGGGAACACACAGGGUUCUCUGUUCUCUAAUUUUUGUAAUCCUAUUAUUACGUUCAACUCAUCGUCAUUCAUUACAUACCAUCUCUCGCCGGUCGUUGCAGUUCGCGACGUCUUUCGUCGGGUCUUAUUCGUAAGAAG